AUGGGAGCGCUGCACGGCCUGCUGUAUGUACUGGAGUGUGACCUGCUGGAGCGACACGUGAAGACUCCACCCCUCAGUGAUCUACCACUGUGUGUUGCGUGGGUUGGAGCGCUCCUGCUGUCGGAGCAGCUGUCUCGUAUGGACGGAGAGGCACUGGUUAAACUGAGUGUCGACAGGGUUAACAUGCCAAGCCCUCACAGAGCCAUGUCUGCACUGGGACUCAUGCUCACCUGCAUGUACACAGCGGUGCGUACCUCAGCGUCGACAGCAGAGUCAGCGUUGGGGUCAGAGGUGAUGGGGUCAGAGGUUAGAGGUCAGGGGUCAGAGGUGACCUCGGGUCCUGUUGCUUUCUCCUCAGGCAAGGAGAAGGCCAGCCCUGGUCGCCCGGCCGGCGCUGUCGACCCUCAGGCCCCCGACAGCGAGUCUGUCAUCGUUGCCAUGGAGAGGGUCUCUGUGCUCUUCGACAGGUAGGGUUGUGACGACAACAGUCUACACACAACACAGUCUACACACAACACAGUCUACACACAACACAGUCUACACACAACACAGUCUACACACAACACAGUCUACACAACACAGUCUACACACAACACAGUCUACACACAACACAGUCUACACACAACACAGUCUACACACAACCCUAUCAGACACACAACUCUGUCAGACACACAACUCUGUCAGACACACAACUCUAUCAGACACACCACCCUGUCAGACACACCACCCUGUCAGACACACCACCCUGUCAGAC